UAAGUGUAUCCACGUGGAUAAAAAGCAUCGUGUAGGAGCAGUUUACUCGUCAUCCUCGAAGACGCAGAUGCGUGUAAUAAUGGCAGCGGACGACCCCCUCCGCAACGAACCUCUAGUUUCCGUUGAAUUCGAGGUCUUUGGCAAGGUGCAGGGUGUGUACUUUCCAAAAUACGUGAAAGAUAUAUGCCAAGAGUUGGGAAUUUGCGGUUGGGUGAAGAACACGAAAACCGGCACGAUACUAGGAAAAAUGCAGGGACCACGUGCGCUCGUCGAUCAGAUGGCGCAAUGGUUAACGACAGUGGGUAGUCCAGGCAGUGAAAUUGAACGUUGCGAUUUCACGAAUUGGGAAGGCAUUUCUAGGCUACAAUAUAAAGGAUUUGUCAUACGUUUUUAGCAAACAAAAACAUUUGGAAAUACAAGUUAAAAAACGAUAAAUAAUACUUUAUAAGAAAAUGAUUAAAGUAGUUAAAAAAUAUAUAUGUAUGUAUAUAUUUUAACUGCUUCAAUUAUUCCUACACGUGUACAUAUAAAUAGGAGGAUUGAAACUUAUUUAAAAACCGGAAACUGAAGAUUUAACUUGA